UUCGAUCGCUCGGCGCUGCGGCGGCCCGCCUGCCGGGGGCGGGAGGAGGAGCGCGGCGGGCCGGAGCGGGCCGGGGGCAGAGCGGGGCUGCAGCGAGGCGGAGAUGGCUUCGCAGCCGCCGCCUCCCAAGCCCUGGGAGAACCGGCGACUGGCGGGCAGCGUGGCGCCCGCCUUCCAGUCUCCUGACUUGGGUGACAACCUGCUGACCAGACCUGGACAACCCACAAUUGCACGAAUACCUCCGCCUAUUUUGCCAAGACCAUCACAGCAAACAGGAAGCAGUAGUCUCAGUGCCUUAAGGCCAGCAUAUAGCAGUUCUUUUACUUCAGGCUAUGGUUCAUAUGGAACUUCUUUUUAUGGAAGCUAUAGUCCUUACAGUUAUGGAUACGGUGGUUUGGGCUAUAACCGCUUUCGUACAGAUGAUAUUCCUCCCAGCAGGUUUGUUCAACAGGCUGAAGAGAGCAGCAGAGGUGCAUUUCAGUCCAUCGAAAGUAUUGUGCAUGCAUUUGCCUCGGUCAGCAUGAUGAUGGAUGCUACCUUUUCAGCUGUGUACAACAGUUUCAGAGCUGUUUUGGAUGUAGCCAAUCAUUUCUCCCGCCUCAAAGUACACUUCACAAAGGUGUUUUCAGCUUUUGCUUUAGUGAGAACUAUAAGAUAUCUCUACCAACGUCUACAGCGAUUACUGGGUCUGCGGAAGAGCUCUGAGAAUGAGGAUUUGUGGGCUGAAAGUCAGGGGACAGUAGCUCGUGUUGGUCUUGAAGACAAGGCAGCUAACUCGGCAAAAUCCUGGCCUAUUUUUUUGUUCUUUGCUGUUGUUAUGGGAGGUCCCUAUCUGAUUUGGAAACUGCUUUCUACAUACAGUGAUGAAGAAUCAGUAUCUAGUAACUGGGCAAGUGGAGAAGAUGAUCAUGUAGUUGGAAGAGCAGAAUAUGACUUCAGUGCUCUCUCAGAAGAGGAAAUUUCCUUCCGUGCUGGUGACAUUCUAAAAUUAGCACCGAAAGACCAACAACCCAAAAUCCGUGGUUGGCUUUUGGCUAGUUAUGAUGGUCAAACAACAGGACUCGUACCAGCUAAUUAUAUCAAAAUACUAGGCAAAAGAAGAGGCAGGAGAACAGUGGACCUGGAAAGGAUUACAGAGCAACGUCCAUCCUUCAGUGGGACAUCUGCUAGAGGAUCCACCGCUGCUGUGACUUUAGAGGAACAGGAAGCUGCUUUUGAUUCUGUUUUUGUAGGAAAUAAUAAAGUUCCUGCUGCAUCUGACUCCACUGCCGUUAGUGGAGAGAAACAGGAACUCUAAUGCACUUUCCUCAAAAAAGCAACUGAAUGGUGUUUUAUUGAUAAAACUUAGGGUAUGUUUAAAAUCUAUGUUGUAGUAGAACACUGAUGGGCCUGAACCAGACUGGUGAAAGGAUGGAGAAAUUCUUGCUCAAAUUUGUAUCAUUUCUUUUAGAUUCACCUAAGGCUAUAUGUUAGUGACUACCUAACCACCUUGCAGCAGCUGUAAGAUCUGGAGCCAGGAGGAAAUGAGGUGUUUAUAACAAAGCAAACAAACAAAGAAAUAAGGGCUGACCGCUGACCUGUUCUCACUAAGUUGACAAACUGUUAAUAAAAUCUGGAAAUUAAAGUCCAGUCUUCAUUGUAAUGUCAGCUUGACAAGAUACCACUUCAGCUGGUGUGCAAAGGGAAGAUAGAUUUCUGUGAAGAGUUGUCUGGAACUGGAGGCUGAGGACAAUACUCUAGUAAUAGUGCAUUGUUCCCCUCUAAGGAUUGCAGGAGAUUUAGGUGACAUAGUCAAACCAUUACAAGUUCUCAAUUGCUUGCUUUUGGAAAGAAGUAGGGAUUCUGUCAUAAAGACUUAGCUUGCUUUUCUUUUUUUUUUUUUUUAAUUAAAAAAAAAUAGUGUCCCAGGAGAAAGAGAAGGGGGUACAGUAAGGGGAGGACAUUAGAAAUUAAGAAAAUCAAUGGGGCUUUGUUUGUUAAAAGAACAUUGGCAUAAAGGGCAUCAUCUAGUCAAGCACUUUCCAGGUCGCUUAUUUUUACUCCCUUUUGUGAUAAGCUAAUAUAGCAUCGUUUCUAGCCAUUUUGUGUUGUAGCCUAUUAACUGCUGCAUCUCAUUUCCAUUUUUUGUUUAUUUUUGUUUUUAAAGAAUGGCAAAAUAUCCUGCAUUUUAGUGCAAUAGUAAUGCUUUGGAGAGGGGGGAGUUUACAGAAUUCCACUGAGUGGCAAAGAAAAUGUGAAGUUUUGUACCUCCAUGAACUUAGCUAACUGGGACAACUAGGUACAUUUUUUUGCUGCUGUUCAGGUGGUAAACGUUACAUCAGCCCAUAAAAUUUGAGAGCUCUGGUUUUUCAAGAGCCAAAAAAGCAUUAAGACUGUUCAGAGUGUGUAGGAUCUUACUCACAUUGGUGUUUGAGAAUUCUGUAUUGAAAUACAAUUUUUCUUAAUGAAGGAGAGAUAAUUAAAUCUUCUUUUCUUGUAGAAUAUAUAUACAUAUUCUAAGGGUUAGAGGAGUGGAUAAACUUAUUAAAACUUGUUUUACUGUUAAGAUACAGUUUUUAUUUUGAACAUAGUAGGAUACAUGCUUUUGCUUAACUGAUCAGUAGUUUCAAUUUGUUUUUGCAGAGAUCUUCAACACCCAUUACGUAUGAGCAAAUUUUUCGUUAUUUACACUUUAAUUGCAUUUGCUGGCGUUGUUCUUAGAAUUCUCAACAAAACUGACAAGAAAAAUUGAGGGGAGCAUAGUUUUAUUGAGGUAGAGUGACUGAGAAGAUGCAUCUCAUGCCGGAUCCCCACAUUUUAAAAUAACCUUUGAGUGCCUGUUGAUAUAACGAAAGUAAGUGGCUGUGGUCAGGCAUUGGGAGAUACCAUUUUUACUAGAUUGUUAGAUCUUCAAGUGGAGAGGAAGAGAAAGAAGUAGUUAAAUGGGAAACGUGAAAUUGGAUUCACUAGGUUUAAAAUGGAACAUGUUUAAAAAAUAGCAAACAACCCUGAAAUAUGAAAGGGGAAAAAGGGGGGGGGGGGUGUUAAAGCAUACAGCUUUGCUUACAGUGUGUAUGCAUGGGAGGAAUUAUUUACUGUUGUGAAAUUCACUUAAUGGGCUGUCAGUCUUCCAUGUCAGUGGAAGAUUUCAGUCAGAGGAAGGGUUUAAAUAAAUGAACAAUCCAAACUUAUUUUGUAGUGUCCAUUCAGGUAGACUUCUAUUUACUUGCUUACAAGUUUGGUAGACAGUGCUUUGGUGUUUGUUCGAAUCUUUCAAACUACUAAUUCUAAGAUGAAUUUAAUUUUUCACAUUUCAAGACAUGCUGUUUUGAAAACAAUUAGUACAAAAAUAGGUUAUUAAUAAUUUGUCUUUACAGCCGUUCAAAUUUUGUCUACCGAUCACUAACUCUCGUGUAUCUGCUAAAUGUUGGCAGAGGUUUUGAUUCUUUCAAUCUUACGGUUACUUUAAUGGGAAAAGACAAAGAAAUGACACAAGUUAUUUAGGUGCAGAAGGGCAUUAAGUAAAGUGUACAUGUGUUUUAUGAUUUAAAUUUUGUUUUUCACUUGUACAAACUAGUGUCAGGAAAAGGCCUGAAUCGUACGAUUCCAUUGUAUGCAUUUCUGCCUGUAUGUCAGCCUACAGGAAAAAAAAAAAAAGUCUAAAUGAAUGCUGAUUGAAAAAAGCAGCAUGUCAA